AUGUCUGAUCAAAGCAAGAUUAGUAUGCAAAGUUAUAACUUGGUCAAGUUAUUGAAAAGAUUGGAAGAUGCCACUGCCAGAUUGGAAGAUGUCACCAUCUACCAAGAAGGUUACAUCCAAGCCAAGAUCACAAAGGCUAAUGGCGGUAACAGUGUUUCCAAUGCUUCUCCAUCUACUACUUCUACAAAGAGUAGUAAGCAAGUAAACUUAGCACCUUCUGCUUCAAGUGAUUCAGUUACAACUUCAUCUGCAUAUCAUACCCCAGCCGCUACUGUUAUUCAAGAAACUGCAGAUGCAGCAGCUUCUGAUUCUAUUUCAGAUUUUGAAUCUUUUAUUAAGGAAUCAAUGAAUCCAUUGGUUGAAUUAGCUAAGAAGAUUGAUCCUGUGGUUGAGGAAGCAACAGAUUUCUUCAAGAAAGCUUUUGUUUCUCAAUUAAAAGUUAUCAAAUUAUCUGAGUCUUGUAAAAAACCAGAUUUUAAUUCUAAAGAAUUUAUGGAUGUUUUCACUCCAAUUAAUAAUGAUAUCAUUAAAUUAGUGGAAAUGAAAGAUAAAUAUCAUAAGAGCAAAUAUUUAUCUCAUUUGAACUCUUUAAUUGAAGGUGCUCCUUUAUUCUCAUGGGUUACUGUCGAUAAACCAGUUUCUUUUAUUAAUGAUUUUAAAGAUGCUUCUCAAUUCUGGACUGAUAGAGUUUUGAAAGAUUUUAGAAAAACUGAUGAAAAUUCAGUCCAAUGGGUGACUAAACUAUUAUCCAUGUUUGAUGAUUUGAAAGCUUAUGUUAAAAAAUAUCAUUUUAAUGGUAUUUCUUGGAACCCUAAGGGUAUGACCUUAUCAGAAGCCACCGCUAAUGACUCCUCUAGCGUUGACACUAAUACAAGUGCAAGUAACAACUCAAUUAACAGUUCUUCUACUGCACAAUCAGCUACAAGCGGUGGUCCACCCCCACCUCCACCUGCUCCACCUGCUUCUGUUUUUGAAAUUAAUAAUGAUUCUUCCACUGCAAGUAAGCCAACUCCAUCUUCUGGCGGUAUGAGUGAUGUCUUUUCUCAAUUAAAUGCGGGUGAACACAUUACUAAAGGCUUGAAGAAAGUUGAUAAGUCUCAACAAACUCAUAAAAAUCCUUCUUUACGUGCUUCUUCAACUGUACCAGCAUCCUCCUCAGUCACAAAGGGUCCGCCACCAAAGCCAAGAAAGCCAAAUACUUUAAAGACUAAAAAACCACCAAGAAAGGAAUUACUUGGUAGUAAAUGGUUUAUUGAAAAUUAUGAAGAUCAAAUUGAACCAAUCGUCAUUGAAGGUAAUAAAGAUGAAUCUAUCUUUAUCGGUAAUUGUACAAAUACAAUAGUUCAAGUUAAAGGUAAAGUUAACGCUAUUUCGAUGAGUCAAUCUAAUGGUUCUUCUGUCGUCAUCGAUUCUUCCAUUUCAGGGUUGGAAAUUAUUAAAUGUAAUAAGUUCGGUGUUCAAAUCGAUAGUUAUAUUCCACAAAUUACAAUCGAUAAAUCUGAAGGUGGUACUAUCUAUUUGUCUACUGAUUCACUUAACGCAGAAAUUUAUACUUCUUGUUCAACAGCAUUAAACGUUAAUUUACCAAUUGGUGAAGAUGGUGAUUUUGUAGAAUUUCCAAUACCUGAACAAUUGAAACAUACUUUCAAUGAUGCUUCCAAGAAAAUAACAAGUUCUGUUUUUGAACAUGUUGGUUAA